AGGGCGGUGUCGCGGACGCGCCUCCAGCCAGCCCCUCAGCCGCUGGCGGUGACGCGCAGCGCGCUCUCUUCCCAGAGCCCCACUCGUGCUCAGCCACUACUGUAAUCAUAUGAUAGCAGCCCGUCCACCUCCCCACCGGACCAACUUCUUCCUUCUCCGCUUGUAGGAGACAACAGCGAACAGAGCUGCAACGACUAAGAUAUAAGCGCUAAAAAGGAACUUUUUGCCCAAGUUUAGUAGUAGAGUGGACGAGGAGGGGCUCGCAUCAUUCCGAACUGGGCUAGAUUACAAGCCGCUUGAGAGACGCGCUCGGCGGAAGACUUUUUCCAAAAAGUUUUUUUUUAUAUUUAUUUAUUUAAAUUCCAUCAGGUCGCUUAGUGUGCUUGCGUGUGCGUGCGUGUGUGCGUCUGUGUGCGUGUGUGUGUGUGUGUGUGUGUGUGGACACUCCACAGCCAUGGUCGGGGAGACGGAGGUGAAGGAGAGACCCAAGUCCAACCCGGACUACUUAAUGCAGCUGAUGAACGACCGGAAGGUGAUGAGUUCACUGCCCAACUUCAGCGGCAUCUUCACGCAUCUGGAGCGGCUGCUGGAUGAAGAGAUCGGGCGGGUACGCAAGGACAUGUACAACGACACGGUGAACGGCGGCAUGUUUAAUGGGCGAGACAUGGAGGAGCUGCCUGAGGCCGUCGGUCCCGUGGCCCAGCUGCAGGAGAAGCUCUACGUGCCCGUCAAAGAGUACCCUGAUUUUAACUUUGUCGGGAGGAUCCUGGGCCCGCGAGGACUGACGGCCAAACAACUGGAGGCAGAGACAGGCUGCAAGAUCAUGGUGCGAGGGAAAGGAUCCAUGCGGGACAAGAAGAAGGAAGAGAUGAACCGAGGCAAGCCCAACUGGGAGCACCUGAGCGAGGACCUCCACGUCCUGAUAACUGUGGAGGACACGCACAACCGGGCCAAGAUCAAGCUGCAGCGGGCCAUCACCGAGGUCAAGAAACUCCUCGUCCCCGCCGCUGAAGGCGAGGACAACUUGAAGAAAAUGCAGUUGAUGGAGUUGGCCAUCCUCAAUGGAACCUACAGAGACGCCAAUGUCAAGACACCCACCGCUGGCUUCCCACUGGCCACCCCACAGGCCCCUCGCAUCAUCACCGGUCCGACGCCGGUACUGCCGCCCACCUUGCGCAACCCAGCCCCUGUGACCACGCCCACUAUCAUGCCCCUAAUUCGCCAGAUCCAGAGCUCUGCCCUGGUGCCGGGCGCCAACCCGCACCCGGCUCUGGUGCAGCAAGGACCCGAGUCGGGGAUCAUCUACACGCCCUACGAAUAUCCCUACACACUCACGCCCUCCAUUUUGGAAUACCCCAUCGACUCGACUGGAGUAUUAGUCCCUUCGUCCUGUGUUUUCGCAGCAGGUGCCAUGACCACUAAGGUACGCCGCCACGACAAGAGAAUCCAUCCUUACCAAAGGGUAGUGACCACAGACAGAGCUGCCACGGCAACUAACCCAUGACCCCCUGACCUUCUGACCUUUCCACCCACUGAUGACCCCACCCAUCUCCGCCCUGCUGGCACGCUCACCGGCCAAGCGCCCCCUCCCUCCUUACCUGCCGGCUCAGCCAACCAGAGGCCGGCGCUGGGAGCGACGCAACUGCUUCUGUCUAACCAGCGGACGGCAGCUACGGCGGCCAUAACCCGGCGGGGACCGCGCCCAUGGACGAGCCCCCACCUUUAGCCAACGUGCCUUCCUCUCACAUUGUACUGGCAGCGGGGGGCGCUGUCCCUCCUGAGUCCAUCGGCAAUAAUUGCUACUAAAGACCACUCAUCCUGCACACAAUCUCAGCAUAUCACAGAUCAUAGCAACCUUCUCCCAUGCCGCUACAUCCAGGGUGUCCAAAGCAUUUCCAAUGGCCGUUUGGAGCAUAUUUGUAAAAGGACCUUCAUUAAUAUGAUACAUGAUGGCAGUGCUGUCACGUGAUUUGGAAUCAAAUGAAGGUUUUCUGUUGAGUAAUUUUCCUGAAAUAUUCAUUUGAAAUGUACAUAUAAAUAUAUACACGUGCAUCUACAUGUGCCAUGAGCAAACAUUUGGGGGUUUUGGGUCAUUUUGUAAUGGUUUAAGUGCAUCAAGAUUUCAUCAGAUUAAUCAUGGUGAAGGAUUAAUUGGCAUGACUUUAGAGAUGUUCAUCUUCAUGAGCUGUUCAUCUUCAUUCAUUCAAAACUAAGAUGAGCUGGCUUCCUUCAGGUUCUCCACAAAUGUUUGGACACCCUCGAUGAAAACGUAUUGGAAUGGAUGCAAACAGAGAGAGGAGUACGAAGAUUUACGGGUGGUCCUCGGUACACGUUCCAAGGUUCUCAACACGGUCUGAGAGUUCAUUUUGGUCCCAGCGGCUGGAGAAACUAGUUCCAGUGGAAGAAUACGCAACAUGCAGUUCAAGCACAGCUACACUCUCAACCAAAACAACACCAGCAACCUGAAGUGUACUCUGCGUCUUUGAGCUUGUUAAAGGAUCUGCUGCUAUGAAAGUGACAGUAAUAACUAAGCGGUGUAGUAGAAAUGCGUCUGUAUUGAUGUCCUUCAUACGCUCUGUUCAGUGUGAGAUGUGAGGCUGAUUUAGGUUGCGACUGGCCGUGGUAGGACGGGGCGUUCCCGAGGACCACCUGUAGAAGGACUUUGUUGUGUCCUUCAAGGCCCGGGAACCAUCCUCCUUUUCCUUAGGAAGAGUGCCUUACUUGUGCUAGCUUAGAGUGUCGAGUCAAACGCCAAAGCACAUCGUCUCUCAGUGGGAAAAAUGUGAAAUCCAAAAAAGGGUUUAAAUGCCAGCGCCUGUUAGACGUGAAAAAGUGCCUUUUUUCCCUGUGUGCUGACUUCUUCAACCCAGUGGACUGUAAGUGCCAACAGUAUGAAUAAAGCAGGCCACACUGAUCCAUAACGCCUUUUAUCCAUGUGUGAGGGUGGAACACUGUUCUAUUGUGUGUGUGUGUGUGUGUGUUUGUUGUGACUUGCAUUGUGUACCCCACGUGCAACAGCAGCCUGCCAGAGGCCUUGCCAAAACAAAACAUCUGUAACACCUGUAACCACUUUCUCAUGUAUUUUUAUAUUCUAUUUUCUACAUGACAAUAACAGGAAAUGAUUUUUCACAGACGAUGCCUUACUAUGGGAUGUAUGUAUACUUGUACACUAUAUACAUGAACAUCACACUGGAGAUGUUUUCUGUGUGAACUGGAGCCUCCGGAGAUGAGCGCCACUUGCCUCCUUUUGCCUUUUUUUUGUACACCAGUGUGGCAAUUAACAAUGUAGUUGCACAUUGCGGCAGUGUAGACCGCACUAAACCUCUUGAAUUGUACGCGUCUCUGCUGUGGGUUUUCUUGAACAGUUACACGUCAAAGUCAGUUGGAAUGAUUACCUUUUCACUUGGAAUAACUGUACUGGAAGCGGCACACCAUUAAACUCAAUAAACUAA